CACCACAUAUAUUAUUAAACAGACUCAUUUACCAACCUUCCAGCCAUAUCAUUAUCUCUUGGAAAUGUCGUCCACGUUCAAUAAACCCGUUUUAAGGGGGAAAUUCCCGUCUAACGUGCCCUUGGCAGCCCUCUUGAAAUUGAACUCUCUACUCAACAAAUCGAUCUUUAGUAGAAAGUUCUACCAGGAGAUAAACGAUAAGGUUUUAUCCCUGACAGCUACCGUGGAUAGGAACCUCUACUUCAUAUGCUACUUCACCCUUCUUCUCUCGUCGGUCCUCAACAAUAAGCCCCAGAUUAAGGCGUUCCUUGCUAAGCAAAGGUAUAAUUUUGUCAGGUUGAUCAACUCGUCGUUCCGCAAUUACCUCGGAACAGACUUGUCAAAGUCCUCCAACAAGUUCUGGGCCCUGACGUUCGACGAAACACCACCACCACCACCACCAACUCUUGUCGCCGACUCUACCAAGGAACCCGUAUCCAAGUUGGCAGUUCAUCUCAAGGCUAUUUCGUCUUAUCUUCUGGACAUUCGGAUCUUUGCUAGACUCACUGAUUCCAUCAAGUACGUGCCAUGGAUCAUUGACGAGUACCGUGCGCUUGUCACCCCUGGACACAAGGUGCCCAAAUUUGACCGAGUAGUGAAUCUUCUCCAGGCACUCAAUUGCUUAUUAUUGGAGUUUCUUGAGAACGCUGGGUGGCUCACCGAACAUAAUUGGGUCGGGACCAACGAUAACGACUGGUGGUGUAUGGAGACUUACAUCUGGUGUUCUAGGGUGUGGGGGGUGUAUCUUUUAGUUGAGAUCAUUGAACUCUUCCGUAGAGUACCAGUGAGCAAAUGGGACAAGAACUGGCGGAUCAAUGUAUUCAAGCAAGUGGUACAGAUGCCAUUGGUGUUGCAUUGGUCUUUAUACGAAGGUUGUUUAACUCCGUUCUGGGUAGGUCUUUGUGGUAGUGGUGCUUCCUGGUGGGAUUUCAAGGAUUUAUGGGGGUCCAUUGAUCUUAGUUAGAGUAUUAGAGAACUAGUAGAAGAAGAGAAAAAAGCUUAUUUAUUGUGUAUAUUUGAAUACAUAACCCAUAUCUAUAGG